AUGGCCUCCUGGCUGGACGGCUCCGACCCGCUCGUGCUGCUGCUGGUCCUGGUGUUGCUGGCCCGCUUCCUGCUGUGGUCCUGCCUCGGGGCCUACCUCGACUACAGACUGGGCCGGCCUCGGCCCCGCAAGCCCAAGCAGGAUUAG